AUGCAUGCAAAACUAUUUUUCGACAAAUUUAUGAAAGCAUUUUCGAAAGUAAUGAAAAUUCAUUCGAACGAUGAUAAAAUGAUCGUAAUAAUCGGAUGCACGGGGACAGGUAAAAGUGAUUUGGGUGUAUCAAUUGCUAAGCAAUUUAACGGUGAAGUGAUUAACGCCGACUCUAUGCAAGUUUAUAAAGGCUUAGAUAUAGCAACUAAUAAAAUAACAAAAUCUGAAAUGGAAGGCAUUCCUCAUCAUUUGAUGGAUUUUUUGGAUCCAACUGAAAAAGAUUUCAAUGUGCAUAAUUUUCGCGAUUUGGCCAUCGGAGCGAUAAAUGAUGUGCAUAAAAGGGGAAAAUUGCCUAUUGUUGUUGGUGGAACAUCCUAUUAUACUGAAUCAAUAAUUUACGAUGAUUAUCUUAUCCCAACUUAUUCAGGCGAUACGAAAGAUGAUUAUUUGGAGUAUACGAAUACCGAACUUUAUGAGCUUCUACAGAAAAUUGAUCCAGUGUCUGCUCUGCAGAUUCAUCGAAAUAAUCGUUUACGCGUAAUUCGAGCAAUUGAAAUUUACAAAUUAACUGGUCGCACAAAAAGUGAUCAUAUAAAUGAGCAACUUGUAAGGUCGAAAAUGUUAGCGCCUGGUCGACUUAGGUUUGUAAAUACUUUGGUACUUUUCUUAAAUGGCGACAGAACGUUCCUUAUUGAACAAUUGAAUAAAAGAGUUGAUAAAAUGGUCGAAAAAGGACUUCGAGAGGAAAUUGAAUUAUUUUAUGAUCGAUAUAAAGGAAUAUCAAAUAAACAUGGUAUAUCACAAUCAAUCGCCUUAAAAGAAUUUCAAAAUUAUUUGGAUUUGGAUUCUGAAGAAAGACAUAGCGAUCGUGGUGAUCGAUUAUUUCUGGCCGGUUGCGAAAAAUUAAAAGCUCAUACUCGGCAGUUAGCACGAAGGCAAAAAAAUUGGGUUAACCAGCGAUUUCUUCGAAGAAUUAAGAACCGUCAGGUAUUUUGCCAUAAAAAUGGAAAAUUAGUGGAAAAGUAA